AUAUCGUAUAUUACUUUCAUACGUAUGCAAUUUAAGUUCUCGGAUCGAAUGCGAACAAUCCAUGCACGAAUGCAUCGCUACCACAGCUUGGGUCCCUUCGCCAAAGGCUUGUUGGAUAUAAAUUGGCACAAGGUGAGGACGCUAUUUGUGACAUUUACAUAGAGGAGGGCUGGUAUCUUCUCGAUGGCGUCGUCUUAGCUUCAACAAACCAACGGUGCGGGACAGUGAGAAAUUGGUAUCGUAACAAUAACUUAAGUCUACCUGAUAAUUUGAACGUUGCAACUGACAUCGAACUGUGUAGAAAUGGUCCUGGCGGUGAUUGUGACAAGCGAAUGCACUCAUCGGUUAUCAAAUGCGCUGAUGAUAAGUAUGCAUUUCGUCUCGGACCGAUGGAUGGUUGCAUUGAAGCGUACUGUUUAGAACGAAUUUCGAAUGGACCUAUGCCAACUGGACAGCCUCCUGACAUCUCGAGCAUUAAGCCGGUAAUAAAUGUAGCAGCCAAACGCGUGAAAGAUGAAAAUGAGCUACAGUUCUACUGUGACUUUAACCCGACUGCAAACACAAAAUUCCAUUACAAGGUGUCAUGGACAAUUUCUCAAAGUUCCCUAUCAAGCCACGAACUGCAUCAUUCGGAACCAGUGAGAUAUCUAAGCCAGGAAGAUUUCCGUAGGAAGACCAUGAUGACUGAAAAACACCUUAAAGCACCCACGUAUUUUGGUUUGGGAGUAACAAUUGCCUGCUCUAUUACGGCCAGCGAAGACGUGGCAACCCCGGAAAGCAAUCCUGUGAUAAGUGAAGAGAAGUUCUGUGGAAUCAGGGCCUUGAACAGCUCGAACCACGUAUAUAUUUCGAACGACAAAGGCGCUGAUAUAUAUUUUGAACUAACAGUUCCGUUUGGGUGUGAAAAGGGCUUUGAAAAUCAGAAUUCGUUAUGUUACCUCGAUAUUACCCUUUUUAUUCCAAAUUCUGAAACAAAUUGCAAUAUCCCAGAUAUUGUGCAGCGCAAAGGUGCCAGAAAUUCGUGUGGAAUAAGAUUCCAUAUAAAUGAUGUCGGGAAACCGCAAAAACUUCACAUUCAGCCAAAGUAUCCAAAACUUACGGCAAAUUUAAAUAAACCAAUGACACUGAUUCUAGCCACUUCCAUGUAUGAAGCUCACCGCCUGUUCAGUGAAUAUGCAGUACAAACGAUGCAGGUCACAGUUUCAACUGAACAAAACAUCCUUAAUAACAAAUAUUGCUACGCUGUAUGCGACCCGCAUAUGCUGACAUUCGACGGACUUCCGUAUGAAAACCAGAUGGCAGGAACCUUUGAUUUGUACAUCAACACCGAGUAUAAUCAGAAGGUACAAAUACGAACACAAUCCUGUAACAACAAUGGACAAACACCGUUCUGUGUUUGCGGAGUUGCAAUCCAAGCAGGAAGUGAUGUGUUUGCUUUAAGUACUUGUACAAACACCAUUCUUGACGUCAGGUUUGUACAGUGCGAUGACAGGAUUCUAAGAGAAAAGGUAGAGAAAGUCUCAGAGACGUUGUACAGAGUUUCAUUGCCUAGCGGAACAUAUGUGGAAAUAACUUUGAGCGUAAUGGGACACAAUAUGAACGUCUACGUGUACCCUUCAGUGGCUGACUUUAUGAAAACAUCUGGAUUAUGCGGCUCAUUUGAUGGAACGACUACCAACGAUCGUCUAAACAGGCCCGGUUUUAACGAUCCGGACCCAAACAAAAGCUGGAUGAUGAAUACCGUUGACGAUUUGUUUAACGAACAUGUCGCUUUGAGGCCUUGGGAAGAUCACUAUCGUUUUUGUACAUGCAAUGAACACUCAAACAGCCCAACAAACAUUGCAACGUGCGACGUGGAUAUCAAGAAAACCUGCACUGCCAAACCACAUUUCGCGGACAGAUGUGUACACUCUUCUCACAGAAAAAGGAGAUCUGACUUUGGGGAAUAUAGACAGACAGACGAGGGUGAUUUUCAUAAAACUGUCAACGUUGCUUUUGUGUCAAAAUGCAGUGACGCUAUUAACCAUCGGAAGGAGCGGUCAAUAAAAACGUACACCGAUGAAACUGCGAGGAGUGAUUGCAUGCAGCUCCUGAACACCACUGCUUUUCAAAAAUGUUCAAGUAUUCCAGGUCUAGACUUCACAUCAAUCAUUAAUGAUUGCGUCCUCGACGCUAAGAUAACAGGAACUAUGGACUGGACAAUGUCACACUUAGAAACAAUAAAAUCUUCAUGCAUGCAACAAAUCGAUAUUCAAAAGAUGCCGCCGAAUGAAGAUCUAGAUGGAAUGACUAUCACAAUCAACGGAACAUCGUAUUCCAACAUUUCUGUUGACAACGCAUCUCUUUCGCUAUCAUCCGUUAUUACUCAAGAUAUGUUUGAGGAAAUUCGCAUGGUGUCAUGUCUAAGGGAGUGCAGCGGAUUUGGAGACUGUACCACUGGUUCUUGUAUUUGUAAGAAAGGUCAUAGUGGGGAGGAUUGCUCAAUAGAUUCUACAAGGCCCCCAGAAAUGAAAGGAAUUCCGGAUGAAGGUUUAUGCGACCUGCAGGAAAGAGCUUGCAAGAAAACGUCCGUUUUUGGAAACAAUCUUGCAUCCGAUAAUCAGGUCAAAUGCAAAAUUAAGCCUUUAGAGAUACACGUAACGCAUGAAAUUGUGACUAAAGAAGACUAUCGCGUGAUAGGUGUACCUCAGACUUACAUGGAGGUUUCAUGUCAGCUUGCACAAAGAAAGAAACGAUCCGUGGAUGCUGAUAUUGACGGCAUUGUGGCCAGAGUUUACAAUAUUUCAUUGAGUAACGACGGUGUCAACUUUAGCGAAGAAGACACAUUGGUUGUGUACGACUCGGCCUGCGUUAGCUGUAACAAGACAGACGAUACAUUUACAUGCAAAAAACGGACCGAUUUCUGUGUCAAUGACGGAAAGUGUCAUGGUAUUGGUGAUACGAUUGGCUGUUAUGUUUGUGCUACUCUUGGGAAUGGGUCUGCAGGAUGGCAACCAGAUCCAGGCUGCACCACUACUUCGUAUAUCUCCACGAAUAAUGGGACUCGACACGGCUUGACCAGCAAUACGAUUGGAGUUGGUUUGACCAAAAGCACGACUCGAGACGGCUUGACCAGCAAAACGUUUGGAGAUGGUUUGACAAAAAGCAUGACUCAAGACGGUUUGACCAGCAAAACGAUUGGAGAUGGUUUCACCGAAAGCACGACUCGAGACGGCUUGACCAGCAACACGACUGGAGAUGGUUUGACAAAAAGCCCGACCCAAGACGGCUUGACCAGCAAAACGAUUGGAGCUGGUUUGACAAAAAGCACGACCCAAGACGGCUUGACCAGCAAAACGAUUGGAGAUGGUUUGACAAAAAGCACGACGCAAGACGAUUUGACCAGCAAAACGAUCGGAGAUGGUUUGACAAAAAGCACGACUCAAGACGGCUUGACCAGGAAAAAGAUUGGAGAUGGUUUGACAAAAAUCACGACUCAAGUCGGCUUGACCAGCAAAACGAUUGGAGAUGGUUUGACAAAAAGCACGACUCAAGACGCCUUGACCAGGAAAACGAUUGGAGAUGAUUUGACAAAAAGCACGACGCAAGACGGCAUGACAAGGAAAACGAUUGGAGAUGAUUUCAUCAAAAGCACGAUUCAAGUCGGCUUGACAAGCAAAAAGAUUGGAGAUGGUUUGGCCAAAACCACGACUAAAGACGGCUUGACUAGGAAAACGAUUGGAGAUGAUUUCACCAAAAGCACGACUCAAGUCGGCUUGACAAGCAAAAACAUUGGAGAUGGUUUGGCCAAAACCACGACUCAAGACGGCUUGACUAGGAAAACGAGUAAAGGUCGGUCAAGUCCAAUUACGACUCGACACGGCUUGACCAGCAAUACGAUUGGAGUUGGUUUGACCAAAAGCACGACUCGAGACGGCUUGACCAGCAAAACGUUUGGUGAUGGUUUGACAAAAAGCAUGACUCAAGACGGUUUGACCAACGAAACGAGUGGAGAUGGUUUCACCGAAAGCACGGCUCGAGACGGCUUGACAAGCAAAACGACUGGAGAUGGUUUGACAAAAAGCCCGACCCAAGACGGCUUGACCAGCAAAACGAUUGGAGCUGGUUUGACAAAAAGCACGACCCAAGACGGCUUGACCAGCAAAACGAUUGGAGAUGGUUUGACAAAAAGCCCGACGCAAGACGAUUUGACCAGCAAAACGAUCGGAGAUGGUUUGACAAAAAGCACGACUCAAGACGGCUUGACCAGGAAAACGAUUGGAGAUGGUUUGACAAAAAUCACGACUCGAGUCGGCUUGACCAGCAAAACGAUUGGAGAUGGUUUGACAAAAAGCACGUCUCAAGACGGCUUGACCAGGAAAACGAUUGGAGAUGAUUUGACAAAAAGCACGACGCAAGACGGCUUGACCAGGAAAACGAUUGGAGAUCAUUUCACCAAUAGCACGACUCAAGUCGGCUUGACAAGCAAAAAGAUUGGAGAUGGUUUGGCCAAAACCACGUCUCAAGACGGCUUGACUAGGAAAACGAGUAAAGGUCGGUCAAGUCCAAUUACGACUCGACACGGCCUGUCCAGCAAUACGAUUGGAGUUGGUUUGACCAAAAGCACGACUCGAGACGGCUUGACCAGCAAAACGUUUGGUGAUGGUUUGACAAAAAGCAUGACUCAAGACGGUUUGACCAACAAAACGAUUGGAGAUGGUUUCACCGAAAGCACGACUCGAGACGGCUUGACCAGCAACACGACUGGAGAUGGUUUGACAGAAAGCCCGACCCAAGACGGCUUGACCAGCAAAACGAUUGGAGCUGGUUUGACAAAAAGCACGACCCAAGACGGCUUGACCAGCAAAACGAUUGGAGAUGGUUUGACAAAAAGCCCGACGCAAGACGAUUUGACCAGCAAAACGAUCGGAGAUGGUUUGACAAAAAGCACGACUCAAGACGGCUUGACCAGGAAAACGAUUGGAGAUGGUUUGACAAAUAUCACGACUCAAGUCGGCUUGACCAGCAAAACGAUUGGAGAUGGAUUGACAAAAAGCACGACUCAAGACGGCUUGACCAGGAAAAUGAUUGGAGAUGAUUUGACAAAAAGCACGACGCAAGACGGCUUGACCAGGAACACGAUUGGAGAUGAUUUUUUACCAAAAGCAGGACUCAAGUCGGCUUGACAAGCAAAAAGAUUGGAGAUGGUUUGGCCAAAACCACGACUCAAGAUGGCUUGACUAGGAAAACGAGUAAAGGUCGGUCAAGUCCAAUUACGAAAUCCAAUGGAGACCGGUUAAUGGCUCCUAACACUGUAUAUAUUCUUGUUUCCAUUUUGUGUGGACUAUUUUUAUUUUGUUGACAAUACUUGAGUAUUGAAUUAACUUUUUUUCUAAGAUUGUCUUUUUCGGUUCCUUGUUUUUGUUAAUGAAAUUAUAAGCGUUUUUAUCAUCAAACUUUUCGGACAUUGUGUUCUACAUAUAAUGUCAUGUUAUUUAUUAUUGGUUAGUUGUAAGUAUACCACGGCAUCGUAAAUUCAUGAAUUAAAUAUAGUAGUAUAUAAUGUUCUUGUGUAGUUAAGGAAAAUUAAAACAUAAACUUAACUUCAACUCCGACGAUAAUUGUUAUUGCGUGACAGUUUGCACAGAAAGUAUAUUAUGCCUCUACUGAAAAAACGGCUUGUUAACGUACACCAUGUUAUACUCUUAGCUUUACGCAUAACUUAUAGUGCUUUGCCUAUUCAUUUAUUUGAAUUAUUCAAGGAAAAUACCGCUGAAAUUAUUUCAUAGGCUAGAUUGUUUCAACCAAGAAUCAGUUGUGUUGUAUGUGUAACAUUAUAUUUAUUGUGAUAUAUGACUUAUAUAUACUGCACAGCAGCGCUGAUUUGAUCCUGCAAUUUCAGACAUGGGCUAUUUAUAGCAUGUAAAUUUUGAAAUUGGAAUAGCCAAUCAGAAUUCACGCCUCAAGAAUAACCUAUUAUCAAGAUGGCGAUUUGACACAAUCAACACAAUCGAUUAUUUAUUAUUAUAACAGAUGAUGAAGAUUUGAAGAAAAUGCAAAAAAUAUAAAGACCAUAGGUUCAUAAUAAACUGACACUAACGUAAUUAACUUUCUAAUUGUAAAGUUUGUGUAACAUUAUAUUUAUUGUGAUUGCAAUGACUCAUAUAUACUGCAUAAUAGCGCUGCUUUAAUCUUGAUAUGUAUUAAAUAAAUGUUGUAUUAUG